AUGGAAUCUUCAAACUCGAAACUAGGAAAUCUUAUUGUACAACUUCACAAUCGAACCAAUGAAGCAAAAGAAGCUUUUGAUCAGGCUCUUACUGAACUUGAAAGGCAAAGAGCUGACAAUGAGAAACAAUACCAGGAAAAAUUGAAACAAUUAGCGGAAGAACGCCGAAAAUGGGACGCAGAAAAGGCGACAGUAGAAAGAUUAGUAGCUUCAGCAAGUCCUAUUGUUAACUUGAAUGUUGGUGGUGAAACUAUGAGUACAUCAAGAGCUACAUUGACUGUUGCCGAAGGAUCCUUACUUGCGACUAUGUUCUCAGGUAAAUGGGAAGAUAAAUUGAUGAAAGAUACAAAUGGACGUAUAUUUCUUGAUUAUGAUCCAGUUUUAUUCAAGUUUAUUCUAAAUCAACUUCGUACUUGGUCCGAUCCAUCUAUAAAACGUGUCUUUCGUCUACCUGUUGGAUCUGAACAAUCGUUUUUAGAAUUUGUUCGUCUAUUGAAAUUUAAUGAACAAUAUAUUGAUAGUGAACGAAAUACUUUGACUAGUGCUGUUAAAGUCGUACAAUCAGAACAAGGGCAAGAACGUUUUGAAACAGUCAGUAGUUCUACUGUUCAAUUGACUGAUAAUGGUCAAAAAUGUCAGAAUACUGUUGGCAAUACUUGGCAAUAUGUACUUGGAACAUUGAGUUAUUCGACUGGAAGCCAUCGAAUUCGAUUGAAAUUAGAGAAUGGUACGAGCAACAUUUUGAUGGGUAUUUGCAGUAAGAGCAAACCACCUACAGGUCCACUAUUUUAUGAUAAGUCUACAACGCAUGGAUGGUUCGUGCAUGGAUAUGUAAUGAAGAAUGGUCAAGGCUCUCAUCCAGGAUGGCCUCAAGUUAAUGAGAACGAUAUUUUAGAAUUGACAAUUAAUUGUGAUACACAAUCGCUAAGUAUUCUUAACGAGAGAAGUCGAGCACAGCACAACAUAGAAGUUAAUAUUGAUGAAGCACCUUUUCCUUGGUGCCUCCUUAUUAUUUUUUAUAAUCCCGGUAGCCAAGUUUCUCUCGUAUAA